CCCCCUUCUCCCCUUCUCCAGUCGCCCAAAAAGGCGAAACACCAAGGAGACCAACCAACCGACCCACCCCCUGAUUCCUCCUCCCCUCUUCCUCUCCUCCGCCUCCAAUUCCGUCCAUCCGCGCCGCGCGGGGCCCCGCCUCUCCGCAGCUGGCUGCUGCGCCGGAGCUCCGAUCGAGAAACUGUGGGAACGCAGAAGGAACCAUUUCUUGACUGAAAAUGGAUGUUUUUCAGAAGCUCUACUGUUAGGUUGGUCGUUUGAAGAUGAUUGAGGGGUCAAGAUUUCAAAAUAUAUUAGGUGGUGGUGGUAUUGGUUGCAGAGGAAGGCCAGAAAACGAGAUGAAUGGCUUCCACAACAUGCCCUAUUACCACAAGGUUGGGGAGAGCUCCCAUAUGUCCGUGGAUAAUGCACACAACUUAGACUUGAACUUUGUUGGUGGUUCGGUUGCCAUGUCAGUGGACAACAGCAGUGUGGCUUCAAAUGAGUCCCGCACGGUCAUGCUCAACCACCCUGGCCUCCGUGAUAUGCCGGCACCAAGUUAUUCAGUUCACAAUAGCGUCAUCCAUCCAAACCGGGCUAUGGCAUCUACUCUGAAUGAGGAUGCAUUGGCUCGGGUGUUGAUGGAUCCAAGUCAUCCGACAGAGAUACUUAGUAACUAUGAGGAGUGGACCAUUGAUCUGGCUAAGCUUGACAUGGGAGCUCCUUUUGCUCAAGGGGCCUUCGGGAAGCUUUAUCGGGGAACAUACAAUGGAGAAGAUGUUGCCAUUAAGCUGCUGGAGAAGCCUGAGAAUGACCCAGAGAGAGCGCAAUUGAUGGAACAGCAAUUUGUGCAGGAAGUUAUGAUGCUCUCUACAUUGAGGCACCAAAAUAUUGUAAGGUUCAUUGGGGCAUGCCGGAAAUCAAUUGUUUGGUGUAUCAUUACCGAAUAUGCAAAAGGUGGAUCUGUUCGACAAUUCCUUGCACGAAGGCAGAACAAAUCUGUGCCUCUGGGGCUGGCUGUGAAGCAGGCACUUGAUGUUGCCCGGGGGAUGGCUUAUGUGCAUGCAUUACGAUUCAUCCACAGGGAUUUAAAAUCAGACAACCUUCUAAUCGCAGCAGACAAAUCCAUCAAGAUAGCUGACUUUGGAGUUGCUCGAAUUGAGGUGCAAACUGAGGGAAUGACUCCAGAGACAGGAACCUACCGCUGGAUGGCGCCGGAGAUGAUCCAGCACAGGCCUUAUGAUCAUAAAGUAGAUGUUUACAGCUUUGGGAUUGUCUUGUGGGAGCUCAUAACUGGCAUGCUCCCCUUCACAAACAUGACAGCCGUUCAGGCAGCAUUUGCUGUUGUGAACAGGGGCUCUCGUCCUGCAAUACCGCAAGAUUGUGUGGAUUCUCUGAGCAAGAUCAUGACUCGCUGUUGGGACGCAAACCCUGAAGUUCGCCCAUCAUUUGCUGAGAUUGUUGUCAUGCUUGAGAAUGCCGAGAUAGAGGUUAUGAGAAAUGUCCGUAGGGCACGUUUCCGCUGUUGUAUUGCUGAGCCAAUGACCACAGAUUGAAACUAGUGCAGGAUAGAAAGGGAAAGAAAAGAAAAGAGAAGCAAAAGGAGACCGUGGUAUCGGUGUCUAGGCUGCAUCCAUACAUUUGGCAUUUGCAUGCCUUAUAUGAAAGUCUCAUCCCUGGCCUUCAAGGUUGAAAAUUGAUUAUUCCUACUUAUGAAAUAUGGAUAGAGCCUUAUAUGAUUGUAUCUUAGCAAAGAGCUAUCUUAUGCAUUCUCCAAAAUGAGCUAUCUUGUCAAAUAAUAGCAGCUGUAUUCUUCUGGUUGAUCGUCAGCUGUUGUGUGUUCUUUGUCUGAAGCGUCGACCUUCAUCUCCUGGUCUUGUUGAUUUGAGACGGUUGUAUAUGCUGCCAUUCUUUGCGCCUUGAUAUUCAUUUCAUAUUAAUUCUCA